AUGUUGCAGAUAAAGCCUCAAGCUCUGAAUGGUGUUGUUUCUCAAAAAAAAGCCAUGAGAGCUUCAACUUAUGAUAAGGUAUGCUCUCUAGCUUAUUGCCUUAUCUUGUAUGUUCAGCUUGUUUUUGCUUCUGCUAUUUCUACUGAAACAGAUGCUCUUCUCAAAUGGAAAGCCAGCAUUCAAAACCAAACCCAGCUCCAAAAUCUAACCUCAUGGACUUAUCUUCCAAGUAACAAAGCCAUCAAUUCUUCAAGCAAUCCAGAAGCAAUUGCAAAUCCAUGUAAUAUUUGGAGUGGGAUUUCCUGCAACACUGCUGGAAGUAUCAGCAAGAUAAACCUUACCAGGUCUGGUUUACAAGGUACACUGCAUGAAUUUUCAUUCUUGUCCUUUCCCAAUGUUGAAUAUAUUGAUCUUAGCAGGAAUAAGAUAUAUGGUGCCAUCCCACCUCAAAUCAGCUCCCUCUCCAAACUCAUCUAUCUUGAUCUCUCAGAUAAUAAGUUGUCAGGAAAAAUCCCACCCGAAAUUGGUUUCCUGACAAAUCUUCAGAACCUGUACCUAUAUACAAACAAGCUAAAUGGCUCAGUUCCUCAGGAAAUAGGCCAGCUUAAGUCUCUUCUUGUUCUAAAUCUCAUGGAGAAUAGACUCAGUGGUCCUCUUCCCAUGUCAAUCGGUAAUUUGAGCAAAUUACAAUUUAUACAACUACGCGAUAACCAACUCUCAGGUUCCAUUCCUCAAGUGAUAGAAAAUCUCAUGAAUUUGGUUGUGCUGAGACUUGCCAGAAACAAUUUCACUGGUCAUUUGCCACAGAACCUCUGCCGAGGUGGAUUGCUUGCAAAUUUCACUGCAAAUGGCAAUCGUCUCAUAGGUCGAAUCCCCGAAAGCUUGAGAAACUGCACAACCUUAUACAGAGUCCGCCUUGAUGGAAACCAACUCACUGGAAAUAUAUCUGAAGAUUUUGGUGUUUAUCCAAAGUUGGAUUACAUAAAUCUAAGCAACAAUAGAUUUUAUGGUGAACUUUCACAUAAAUGGGGUAGGUCUCUGCAGCUAACAAACCUUGAGAUUGCAGGGAACAAUGUUACUGGCUCCAUACCACCCGAGAUUGGAAACUUGACUCAACUGCAUUUGCUUAAUCUUUCUUCAAAUCAUUUAGUUGGGAAGAUCCCUAUGGAACUUGGAAGGCUGACUUCUUUGGUGAGGCUUAUACUGAAUAACAAUCAGCUUUCUGGUGUCAAUUCCAAGUAG